AUGGAGAGUCGCCAACCACCACCCGAGCGCUCCAGCUCAAACGACUAUAUCGACGAAACACAACUGUCGUUCAACGCACUCGAGGCGCAGAGAUGGGAUCGCGCGUUGGAGAGCUCACAGCGCGCACUCAACCAGUCGAUGAACUUACCCUCCUUCCAGGACCUUUGUAACUACAGCGCACCUACGUUGAACCACAGCCUUCAAGAGACUCAAGAUUCCCCCGAAAGCACCAUGCGAGGUGGCGGAGGCGGCAGCGCUUUCCAGUCACCUGCCAGCGAUACUACUGUCAAGUUGAGUAACGUCUACAAGGAUCCCGAGGACGGCAGUGCGUACACCUUCUUUCCGACGCCUUUCACCGGCGCCGCGACAUCAGAGACGGGUGCUACAAAUGGCUCUGCGUCUUCAGGUUCUGAUAUCUCACCGUUAUCUCAGCGCCAUUCUCACGCUCGCGUCGCGGUCGAGUCACCUUUUCGAUCUGAGUUCGGCGGUCCAGUCCAGACUCCAGCGAGGCAGGGCAUUUCCAACUCAGGUGACAUAUGGUCCCCUCCAGCGCAGAUGCAAAACCAGGAGUCCGAAGGCUCUGCACGCUUCCGAUCGAGCUCGAACAUGACCGCCCUCGGUAGCUCCGCCCUCUUGCAGUCAAGCUUCCCCAUUCCACGAAACAUGCCUUUCGAGGAGAUGAUCGUGCCGCGCGGACCGAACCUGCAUCAGCGAAGGCUCGAUGCUAGAGUAUCAAGCUCACCGGGUAUACCGUCACCGCUGGGUCCUGGACGUAUGCGAGAGCAGCUCCACGAGGGAGACGUGGGAAAUGUGUCGCUCUCACCGGUCCCGAACGGACGUCUCCCCACGAGCGGUCAGAUGAAGUACGGGAAUGCCAAGUCAAGCAACAAGGAUACAAAGAACGCCUGGGAGAACACCCCGUCUCCACAUUCGCCUACUGUGCAGCGCUACGCAUCCAGCGGCUCCAUAGACUCGCCCAAGUUCGACGUAUACCCGCGAAGCGCUGAGAUAGACGAAGAAGGGAACUUGACUCUAGGUAGUUCGCCGUACAGUAACGGUUCUGGACAUGCGCGAAAGCACACUGAUCCUUUCGUCGACCAUAAGCCGUUUCAAGUCAGCACGGGGUCUACGACUCGUAUGUGUGGAGUUGGUGCGCCUGGUUGGCCUGUCCCACCGGCUGGCACUCGUCCGCCAUCUGUCAAUUCUGGCAUGCAUGGACGUGCUCGGCCGCCUUUCCACAACCCGGCUGGCAUUCAGAUGUGUGGCAGUAACAACGGGAUUAGCUGGGAUCCCAAGUCUCCGGAGUUCGUGGGCAUGGUAUCUGUUGAUCGCCUACGUUUUAGUAACAGUGGCUUCGACACCGGAUCUCAAUCAUUCAACCGCCCGCCGUUUGUUAAUGUUCAGACGCGUAGAACUACGCCUGUCGAUCACCCGUCUAGUACUCUUGUGUGUGGACUUCCUUUACCCACACCAUCCCCAUCUGAGACUCGCACGAGCAGCGGCUUCAAGCCCUUCGUACCCUCAUCUGAGUCAACCUUCAAGCCCUUCAUACCCUCAUCUCAGUCGUUCGGCCAACCCAUUCGUACAUCACUCACCCCAACAUGGCCCACCUCCGCGCCCGCGACAUCCGGCUUCGCCACCCCAGCCUCUACAGAAAACCCACACUCCGCACACGAACCAAGCUUCCAAGCCCGUCCACCCCUCCGCUCAAACCUCCCCAUCCCACCUCCACCCCUCUCCUCCAUGCAAGGUCAGUACGAGCAUUCUCCCUCAGCCCGCGCCCGUCUCGACGCCCAGAAGCCCAUCCGCUCAGCCUGGAUCCGCUCCGAAGCGUCCAAGAUAGCCCAGCUAGCAAAACUGCGCCACGCAAUGGAGAAGCGGUAUGAGGAAACCCGUUCCGACAAAGACUACGCAGCCUGGCAAACGCUUCAAGCCGCCUACGAUGACGCUACGGACCUGGAGAAGAGGCAGGAAGAGAGGCGGAACCUUUUCCUUAGAGAGAAGAAGAUGGAGGCGUUGAAGACUGAUGUCGUUGGGGAUAUGUCUGCUGCUGCGAGUCGUGGUGGUAUGAAGGUGGAAGGGGAGGGCGAGGAGAAGUUGCUGGGGUAUAAGAUGGCGCUUAUGGAGCGUGUGUGUGCGGAGGUUAAGCCUGAUGGGGAGGAGGAGGCUAUUACGGUUGAGAUGUUGGCGACGUUGAGUAAGGAGGAGAAGAAGGCUAUUCGGAAGCUGCUCGUUGGUCGUAUGGAGCGGAUGGCUUGA